CUGAAUUUCUCGCAGGAACGAAGGUCAAAUUCAACCGUUCGUGUCGUGCAGCACAUAUUGUCGGUUCGUUCCACGCGAUGACUUCUGUCUGUAAACGAGGUGCACCAGCACCUUUUCGUGCAACAAAUACAGUACGACGACGUUCGGUUCGUGAAGCUCGAUUUAUCGCUUAUGGACUUGUCUUUGUAGAUAGAAGAAGAAUUGCCGUACCUAGAUCUGCUAGCAGCCUUCGAAAUCGUCGUUUCUGCCUUUCACUAUUCUCAGGACCCCCUGCACGAUCCUUCCAAACUAGGUUUCUCUGUCUCCUUAAUAUCUGUAGUCCACCAGUACACUAGCACAAAAUAUCUGUAAUGUAUAUUACUUAAUUUGGUUUGUCAUUCAACCAAGCUAAGCUAGCUUGCUUGUCAGCCCUUCUCUAGAACAUCACCUCUACAACAAGUUACCCACAACUUUUCCUAAUAUCUUUCCAUUCACGACGAUGUCACCAAAGAACCUACUUUCUUUCCCAGAUUAUUUAGUAAUUUACUACGGUGUCGUCCCUGUCCUCACAUGCGGACGCGAAAUCGUCUCCUCCUCGUCUAGAAAGUGGAUCGUCUGCAGAGCCUUUUUCUGAACAGAAAUCCAGCCUGCGAAAUCGCCUCCUCCUCGUCUAGAAAGUGGAUCGUCUGCAGAGACUUUUUCUGAACAGAAAUCCAGCCUCCAGGUGUAGUUACGCUUCCUGUAGGCACCAGACAAGCCCGUUCACCGACUCCGUUCGUGAGAAAGCGCAACAAGAAAGAGAAACUGUGAACUGAAAACGAAGCAAGUGAAAUUAUCUUCGAGGUGGUUUAUGCGUUGACCUGUAGCGAACACCCUACUUCGCGGAGCACCACAGCAAAGCAGAUUUCUCGAAAGGGAGGAGCGAGACAGGACAACGCCUUCCGCGACCUCAACAGAACUUACCGCGUUCCUGUUCUUACCUCUCCUCAGGCAAAAGUAAAGUCAUCAGGAGCAUGGGGAAAUCAACUCCGGCAAGUCCGGACGACGUUGUGAUCGAUGUCGCGGCGGCAGGAUCUUCCUCCACCACCGGAGCGGAUCCAGGCGCCGGAAAAGCUUCGUAUCCACUGCAAAAUAGAAGAUGUCUGGGUCUGAAAGACGAAGAAUGUAGAAAUUGCUGAUGCAGAAAGUGGAGGCCUUGGCGUGGCCCCGCGAGGUCAAGAAUGCAUGGCCUAGCGUUACAGAUUUUUUUGCCAGAGCCUUGCCAAGCCCAAGCCUAUGCCGCAUGAUGAGAAGUGCUUUCUUGUUAGAGCGCGAGAAACCGCACCGUUUUCGCUGCUCAUGCAAUACAAAUAAAAUGUUUCGAUUUCGUGUAUGUGUGAGUUACAGGAAGCAUCAGAAAUUUUCAUUCUUUUUCUCAGAGCCUGACAUGAUAUGUGCAAAAGUGCAUACUUUUUCCUCGUCCUCCGCGACCAUUGCCGGCGGCGCGAAGGAUGCGGUGAUGAAGUUUGGGUCCUUCGGCAAGUCCGUGACGAAGUCUGCGCUCCCGCCGGUGGAUGCCGCGGGUGGGGCCAAGGACGCGGUGUCGAAACUGGGGUCGCUGGGGAAAUCGAUGACCAAGUCCGCCUAUCAAAUGCAAAAAUGUCUGGGUCUGGAAGGUUGGAACUUGUCAUGCUAAAUCUGAAUCAGUAUCAGGCAAAAAACUGUGUUGUAUGAUUGUCAAAAGUUGUGCACUUUUGACCUAAUCGAGAGGCAGUUUCAUUCUCAUGCAGGAUAGGCAUGAGAAAGGUCUCGCAGAAUCUGUCAUGCUAUGUCCUACAUACUACACCUCAUGGGUCGUGGAAAACCUGCAUGCCAAAUCUCACAAUCUUCCAGACCCAGACACUUUUGCAUUUGAUACCGCACUGCCGCCGAUCAAGCUGGGCAAGGCGAAGUCCAACAUGGAGGGAGAGGGGGAAGCCACGGGUGACGGCAACAAGCCGCAGCAGUCCCUGAAGGCGAAGGCGGCGGCUAAGAAGAAGAUGACGGCCGCGUAUCGUAUUUAAAAACGUCCCCAUCCCAGAGUUGUAAUGCAAAUCUGCAUGCUGAGAAUGUUUCUCAUGCGGAGCCCCAUGAGAAGUAUCUUCUAGUCGUGUUUUGGGAUUUGUCAUGCUCCAAUCAGCAUGAUAUACUAGAUCUUUAAUGCUGCUGAAGUACCUCAAACAGCACUACACUACGAGUCCAAAUUUGUCAUGCAAGACACCCAAAACUUGUGAAUUUGUCUAGCCGAUUCCGCAUCUUGCCUAUGGGGUGGGGACGUUUUUAGAUAGGAUACCGCGCAGCUCCGGUUCGAGGCGAAGAAGAAGGCCAAGGAGAAGGCCGCGGCGAAGGAGGAAAAGAAGGCCCAGAAGCGGCGGGAAAAGGAGGCGGCGGCCAGCAGCGCGUCCAAAUCGACGCCGAAGUCCGCACCCACCGGAUCCACGCCGCAGGAGAGCGGGUUAGAGCUGGCUAUCCAGCAGGAAAGCGAAGUACACCCGUGACACCAGAAAAGGCGGCAUAAUUCCUCGUGUAGCCAAACACGUCAAGGUCAACUUUGGGACCAUGCGGACGAGGAGGCCGCAACAUUUACAAACAAUCUGCUGGUGUCAUGUAGAACGCAGAAUGCACUACCUACGUAUAUACAUAGGAAAAUGAAAUCACAGUAGAGGUACUAGGAAUAUUUAUGCUGCUCCUGUGCAUGCAAACAGGACUGCUGGAUGAAAAACACUGGCUGUGUAGUGUGACGCUUCGAAAUAGACAAGCUGCCAAAUGAAAAAUAGUUUGCAAUUUUUAAUGGCACGUUGUCGGGUGUACUACUUUGCUGUAUGAUAUUCGCCGUUAUCCGCGAGGAUGAGGAGCUCGCCAGUUCGUCCUCAUCAAGCAGCUCAAUGGACAGCGCGCGGUCCGACUCGAAGGACGCGGAACAAGACAGCACGACGCCCGGCGGCUCGAAGAAAAAGAAAAAGAAGGAAAAUAAGACCGGAGAGGACAACGACGACAACGCCUCGGGUUCGGGGUCGAGCUACUCCACCGAGGGCAGCAAGUAUCCAACGAAAAAAGUGUUACAGUUACACAUUUGUAGUCAAUUCAGCAACACAAAUUUCUCUGCAUGAGAGAGAAAAGUUGUAAUGCAGAAAUCCUACGGGAAAACACCUAUGAAACGAGGCGCCUAUGCAUAUCCGGCAUGACAGAGCUUGUCUGUCUUGCUUGGCCUGCAACACAAUGUGUAACUGUAACACUUUUUUCUUGCGAUAGCAAGGCCGCGUCCGACGGGCUGUCCGAGGUGGAGACGGAGUCCGAUGACGAGGGCGAGGACGCUAUCCUAAGUAAAAACGUACCCACACCAGAGUUGUCAUGCAGAUUUGCAACGACAGGAACAUUUGUAAUGCGCAUCUGCAUGAGAGGCAUUUCCAGUCGUGUUUUGACAUUUGUAAUGCUGUAAACACGACGAGGAGAUGGGUUUGUCAUGCGACUGCACUUGCUAACCUGCACUACACUGCGGAGUGCAACUUGUCAUGCGUGACUCACAAAACUCCUAGGUUUGUGUUGCAAAAUCCCCAUCCUGACUCUGGUGUGGGUACGUUUUUACUCAGGAUAGACGCCUUCGCAGAGCUGGACGCGCACUACCGCCCAUACUUCUCAGUUCUGUUCCCCAUAUCGCAAAUCAUUAUCUUCCACGUCACCAACGACAUAGACGGCAUCGACAGCGGGCCCAACGCGUUCUACACCUGCGCCGCGGAUCCGGCCUACUGCACCAACUGGAUCAAAAACCUAGGACAGGAGUGGUGGAUCGAUUCCAGCUGCGACAUAGACAAGGCCCGCAACGUAUGCUAGCGUCAACAGUUAGAAAUCGUCUCCAUCGUGGAGGAGAAGACGACCUUGGUGUCAUGCGAAGGGAACAAUAUUAAAAUGGAUCUCAGUUCUUGGACCACAAACAAUUUCUAGUAUUCAAGGGGCGCAUGACAAAUCUUUGGAACAACACCUAAACCGCCAAUUUGUAUACGCUUUGGUAUAACUAAGAGCGAGAUGAAAUAGAAAUACGGCUUUUGCCGUAGUGGUCCUUCGCAGGUGUAGCGGUAAGUAGCUUUAAGCUAAUACUAAAGCCGCUUGCCUUCUCUGCACCACAAGCACAAACUUUGUGCGUCGCGUUUUAUUAUGCGCCACGCUCCAGCGGCCUGGCUAUUUAUGGAAGGGUUCCACCCUGACGGAAGAUCGUGCCGUAGGAGCUGCGGUCGGUUACGGUUUACUUAUUUCGACUUCCACUUCUGUGAUUUCCACAACUUCCUUGACGCUUCCAUACAAUGCCUACGUGCACGGGGGGUGCCCGGCCUGGACCGACCAGCGCAGUCAAGUGUGGCGAGCGGUCACCUACAGCCUGUGCCACGUAGAUUUCGAUCACGUGUGGUUUAACGCUUUCUUCUAUCCAAAGUGAAAGGCGCAGCUCCCCUCGCUUCUAGCCCCCCCCCAACAAAAAAGACCUGUUUUCAUCAUAUGCAAAUUGUGGUUGUGCAGCCAUGGGCAUGGUAAAUAGCAAAUGAGAAAAACUCCGCUGUGUUGGUUACGGGGCCGCACGGAGCAGGCAAGAUUUGUCUUGAAAGGAAUGCACGCGGAUUCUUAUUUUAGGUUCAAAGAGUUUUUUUGUGUACAAACAAAGAGUCUACUAAAUGUUAUACAAUUUUUCAAAACAACGAACGAGCUUUGCGAACAGAAAUAUUUGACGCUUGUACUAUUUGGGCACGACUGGGGCGCUGUUCCUUUUCUCACUGAUACUUUCGAGCUUCUGUUGGGUCCCAGCUUGGAGAUGGUUCACGGGCACGUGCGGUUUAUUCCCCUGGUGUUUCUCGCGAUUAUCGGUGGCGCCCUUGCCUGCGCCGCCACGGAUCCAAUAGGCAGAGUCGUCGGCUCGUCUGGCUACGUCUGGGGCUUGGUGCCCAUGCACGUACUUAUUUUUUGAUAUAUCAUUUCUGAUUUGGCGCCACCUUCUUACUUUUCGGAGGUUUUUUGCUUAGCGCUGCGGGAGGACCUUCCCUUGUUGCAAAAGAACCACGACUACAUGAAAGGAUUGAUAAGCAAUAUCAUGCAUAAUUCGCAUUAAUUUCGAAUCGCGACGACACCUCCUGCGCUUUAUUUUCCUCAUUUCUCUGCCGUAUGUGUAUGUCCGCGAUUUCAAAACCUGUACUGCUUUCUGACCCGUGCAAAUGAGAUAAGUGCCCCUAUAUUUCAACAUCCAGGUAUCCGGCGUGCUUCUGAAUUGGGACGAGCUCGGACACGAAAAGAUUUACGGGGUGCAGGAAAACUACUUCCGGCUACUGCUGAUCUGCAUCAUCUCCGCAACGAUGGCUUGGUCUAUGGUGGACGACAUAGAGGCCGGGACCGGGGUGUCCCACGCCGCGCACGUCGGCGGGGCGCUCUUCGGGUUCUUCUUCUCGCUGAACGGUGUGAAGAACGUGGUGGUGGAGGACUGGGAGCUGAUCAUGCAGUGGAUCUCGCUCGUCAUCGCCCUCAUCUACACGGUGAUUUGCGUCGUACAGAUCGGCAUCCACGAUACCCCAAACUCCCUCACCGGGAUGCCCGUCUGCAAUAUCCAGGGAAACUGCACAUGGUCUGAUCGUAGUAUCGUGUCUAAGUACUAUCUACUGGAUCUUACGCAUUGAAGAUUCAUCGCAAUAUCGUCCUACUUCUCGCGAGACUGCAGCUCCUUUGCGAACGAAGUGCAGUCAUAGCCUUCAGCUUUAUGAACGAACGAUGGACAAAUUAAUACGUAUCUCUGAUCAUGUGCGUAAGUACUACUACGCAAUGAGAAUGAAUUCUAAGUUUCGACUCAACAGAGUCAGUAAAAAGCGGAUUAUGAUUGCCCGAAGCUGAAAUAGGAUGCAUGAGCAUGCAUGCUAGACGAGAAGAAGAAGAAUCUUCUAGCCAGGAAGCGUUGUCAUGCGAUCGUGGAUAGUACGCAGAUACGAUAGACCAAUUUUUGCACAGGAUAUGCAAGUGUUGCGUGGAAGGCGCGGUGUGUCCACCCCCUCUGCUGGAUGUCGUCAACGCGACCCUGAACGUAACAAGGUAGGAGCGGACGAGGCGUCUAGAAGUUGUGAAACAACUGCAUUGGCGAAUACUAUGGCUUUUAUCCAUUUUUUCCAUGGCACGAGUACCAGCUGCAAAUUCAGGUUGCCAACCUUGGCAGGUAUUUCUGCUGAGUAUGUUGUCCUGAUCAGGAGUUGCAGCAGCCAGGAUCACGGAAGAACACUCUAGCCAUGAUGGCGAUGAGACGAGCAACAGCAAGCCAAUGUCGUGAAUCUGCACAGAGGACUACACCACACUUGAAGUUGUAGUGUUUUUUCGUGCAACUACAUGAGGUGUCAAAGAAAUCGUAGUGCUUAGUGUGGUACCCAAGCUCAAUCGAAUCCCAGCACUGUUAGCACUAUUUCUAUUCUGCCCACGUCCAGAACCAGAUGAACAUUAGGGGUUGCUGUACCUUUGCUGCUCUACUCGUGUUCCAGUAAUAUUUAUAAUACGUACUUUCCAUUUGUUGAUUCAAUGAGUGGAACAUAUCUAUCGAUUGAGUAUAUUGAAUUGCCGACCCUCCCGCUAGUACGUUGCUGUGGAUGUACUGCCGAACCGUUUGUUUGCUGUUGGGUCCCUCUCGUGCGGACGGCAAAAA